GAGGUUGUGUCAAGACCAGAAUCCAAGACCUGGGGGUUGUUGACCUUGGUUAUUUGUUUUUUAGGGGCCGGGAAUGGGGGGGGGGUUUUCUUUCCUUGUUUUGGGUUUGACAUGAAGGGGGAGGGGGUCCGGCAGCCGGGGGAGGGUGAGGGGGGGGGGAAGUCGAUUUGGGAGAGGUUGGAGGCGAAGAAACCGCUUUUUCGGGAUGUGUCGUCGUCGACGGGUGGGGGUGCUUCUUCGACGGAUGAUAUUUUGGGUCGGUAUUCUACCGCUAUCGAUGCCCCGGAUAGACCGCACAGAGGGGCGGUGCUGUUUUCCGUUAUUGGUGGGAGGUUAUCAGAGGGGAUCAAUUUCUCUGAUGCGCUGUGUCGGUUGGUGUUGAUUGUUGGGUUGCCGUAUCCGAAUUUACACUCGCCCGAGUGGAAGGCUAGGAUUGAGUAUUUGGAGAGCGCGUGUGUUGCUAGAGGAGGAAGUAAGGAAGAGGCAAAGGUGGAAGCCAGGGGAUUUUACGAAAAUGCGGCCAUGAGGGCGGUGAAUCAGAGUAUUGGACGAGCUGUGAGGCAUAGGGGGGAUUGGAGCGGGAUUGUGCUUGUUGAUCGGAGAUAUGGGAUGGAAAGGGUGAGGGGCAAGUUACCGGGGUGGAUUAGGAAUGGGAUGAAAGGGGAGGGGAUGGAUAACAGAGGGGUGGCGGGGUUGAUGGGAGGGUUGGGGGCUUUUUUCAGGGGAAAGGCUUGA